AUGCUCGAUCUGGAGGAUGACGCGUCCCGACGCGAAAAGUGCUACACCACGAUAACCCAGCUGCCGGCUUAUGUUGACCCUAAGCAACCUCCAACAAAGAAAUCACCAUUCUCUGCGAUUUUGUCUCAUUCAUAUGUACAUACGGUAGAGGCUAUCUUACCAGAAGCGCUCUGUUCGAGCAUUGGAGACUCUUUAAAAACCAAACUGCAGAAACCGCAAUAUGCUAGGGUGUUCAUGUCACUGGCGUCGUUAUUGGAGGGAGAAUUUUUCAAUGCGUAUAUCAAGAUCGGCAACAUUCUCAUGAUAUCUGAAGGUCAUUCGGGGACGGACAAUGUGUUUUCGCUCAGGAAUGGUAUGUUGAGAUUGGAACUUGGGAAAGAGACUCUUGAAUGUACAGGCCUUACUGGUAAGCCCGUUCGAGGCGGCGGGAGGAGGCAUUCAAAGGAAAGAUAUCUCGUGGAACUUAAUUUGCGAUUACCAUCCAUGCUCCAUGGCAAGAAAGGAUUUGAACGAAUCGUCUGGGCGUUUCGGAACGUUCUUACCGAGUCGGUUGCUUGGCUGUUUUGCGACCUGGCAUCGGAAUCGAAUGGCCUACCAAAAGAGAAUACACCACUACAGAAACAUCAGCCUCAAAUCGUCGAGUGUGAUAUGGCUCGCAUUUCGCACCGUGAGGUACUGGUCCCGCCUUCCCAAAUGGACAUCACGGAGUCCACACCGAGUGAAGAUGUGCAAGAGCACUGCAAUGCACUUUCCGAAUGGCUCGCCAUGGUUGCUCUCGAGUCCCCGCGAGUAACUGCAAACGACACAAUUGACCCUUAUCUGAGCCGUUAUUCUGUGCCAGAUGCAGAGGAUUCGAAUCCCACAAAUCUUAUCAGUUUGAAGUGGCAUGGUUUCAUCAACUCGCGAUGGAUCACACAACUAUUAAUUACUUUACUUGUCGAGACUUCCUCACAAACUGUCGGAGCCCAGUCGUGGUUCGCUCUUUCGUCGAAUGCCUUAGGUAGAGAGGCGGUGGACGGAAAGGAUGGAUAUACAAUUCUCUCCCAGUCACCCAAUGACCACUCUUCCAGCCCCUCUCGAAGACAAUGCAUCUGCUGGGAAUUUGUAGGAGCGUCUACACUCUCGUUAUGA